AGAGCUCAGUGGGCAAACACAGUAUCAUGAUCUUCUAGAGCACGUUGUUUCUCUGGCAAGUUUUUGCAUGACCACAGGAUUUUUUUUGAAGUUUUGUGUAGAAGUUGCUGCAGCUGCUUAAUCUGCACAUUUUAGCUGCCACUGCUUCUACUUGUUGUCUUUUACCGUCUCCAAAGUGUAUCCCGUCACUCAGUGUCACAGAGGACGAGUCGUUUGUGGAGAAGUUCCAAGAAUCUCCUAACUUUUCUGCGAGCCUUAUCUCUCCUCUCUGUCCAAACUGCCUGCUCUUUCUCAAAACAAUUCAGUUUUCUUCCUCACAUACACACCUCCCCUUAUACUGGCCUCAUCUUCUGCUUUAAGCCCUGCUCUACUUUCCCCCUCUACCUGACCAAGAAGGACAAUCCCUGUUUUCACCCCGACACAUCCCUUCACUCUCCUCACCUCUCUGUUCCCCUCAUGGGCACCAUAUCAGACAGCAGUGCCACAUUCUCUUCUUCGUCACCGAGAACCUCUCUCCACCCCUAACUGCCUCACCAGCGCCAACCUUGACGUAAAUCAAUGGAGACAAAAGAUACAGUGAUGAUGAACAUGUUGACAAUGGACAAGGGGGAGAAUGAGGGAGAAAAGGACAAAGGGAAAGAGGAGGUGGGGGAAGAAGAGGAGGGGACACAGCAGGAAAAUGGUAGACUGAUGUUGGCUGAUGGUCUUGCAGAGAGAGGACCCAAGAGUCUGACCUCAUGCUCUGGUCAGCAGGUGUCCAAUGGCUUCACUUCAUCCACUCCUCAGAGCCCCAAGGAGGGACCAGGGACCGCAGACUGCUGUGGGGGUCCAGCCUCGGGGCCUGGCAGCGGACCCACCAUGCCCCUGGCAGGCCUUAGGACUCUGGUGGUCCAGCAGACCAGCUUGGAGAGGCCCAGAGAAACCUGGAGCAAGAAGAUGGACUUCUUACUGUCUGUGAUCGGCUACGCUGUGGACCUGGGAAAUGUCUGGCGCUUCCCAUACAUCUGCUACCAGAACGGAGGAGGUGCCUUCUUGCUGCCCUACAUGUUGAUGGCAGUGUUCGGAGGUGUUCCUCUCUUCUACAUGGAGCUGGCUCUCGGCCAGUUCCAUCGCAGUGGCUGCAUCUCCAUCUGGAAACACAUCUGCCCCAUCUUCAAAGGGAUUGGCUUUGCCAUCUGCAUCAUAGCCCUCUACGUAGCCUUCUACUACAACACCAUCAUGGCCUGGGCCUUGUACUACCUGCUGUCAUCGUUUCGGGGCACCCUGCCGUGGUCCACCUGCACUAACAGCUGGAACACAGCCAACUGUAACAGCUACAUGUCUACUGACCACAAUGUGUCGUGGUCCAACUCCUCCAGCUCCCCCGCCGAGGAGUUCUAUACUCGCCAGGUGUUGCAGGUCCACCUCUCCCCAGGACUGCAUCAGCUUGGCUCUGUCAGCUGGCAACUGGCCCUCUGCCUGCUCUUCAUCUUCACCAUCGUCUACUUCAGCAUCUGGAAAGGAGUCAAGACGUCUGGAAAGGUAGUUUGGGUGACCGCUACCUUUCCCUACCUGGUCCUUCUGGUCUUACUCAUCCGUGGAGCUACUCUACCCGGAGCCUGGAGGGGUGUCGUCUUCUAUCUUAAACCUGAUUGGAAGAAAUUGCUCAGCACUACAGUGUGGAUAGAUGCCGCAGCUCAGAUCUUCUUCUCCCUGGGUCCAGGGUUUGGCGUACUCCUUGCCUUUGCCAGCUAUAACCCAUUUCAUAACAACUGCUACAAAGAUGCCUUGAUCACCAGCUCUGUGAACUGUAUGACCAGCUUCCUAUCUGGCUUCGUUAUCUUUACCGUGCUGGGAUACAUGGCUGAGAUGAGGAAGCAAGAUGUGGAUGCUGUGGCCAAGGACGCUGGUCCCAGUUUGCUGUUCAUCAUUUAUGCAGAAGCCAUAGCAAACAUGCCUGCUGCCACUUUCUUUUCCAUUAUCUUUUUCCUCAUGAUCAUCAUGUUAGGCCUGGACAGCACAUUUGCAGGGUUGGAGGGGGUCAUCACAGCUAUGUUAGAUGAGUUCCCACACAUCCUGGUCAAGAGGCGCGAGUGGUUCGUCUUCGGCCUGGUGUGCGUCUGCUACCUCGGGGCACUCUCCACACUCACAUAUGGAGGAGCAUUUGUGGUGAAGCUGUUUGAGGAGUACGCUACAGGCCCUGCAGUUAUUACUGUGGUGCUGCUGGAAGUCAUCGCCGUCUCCUGGUUUUACGGUACCAACCGCUUCUGUAAUGACAUCCAGUUGAUGCUUGGUUUCUACCCGGGCUGCUUCUGGAGGGUUUGCUGGGUGGCCAUCUGCCCCUCCUUUCUGCUGUUCAUCAUCAUCAGUUUCCUGGCCUUUCCUCCAGAGGUCAGCUUGUUCAACUACCACUACCCACAGUGGACCACGGUCCUGGGCUACUGCAUUGGAGUGUCCUCAUUCAUCUGUGUACCUUCUUACAUGGUCUUUCACUUGCUCAAUGCCAAGGGCACAUUCAAACAGCGUCUGUUGAAAAGCAUCACACCAGAGCCCAGCAGCAACAACCACAGAGACUUCAUCGUAACCAAUGCAGUCUGACCAAACCCUGACCUCCAGAAGGUGCCACUGUUCCAACCUUGAGUGCCCUCUUCUGGGCCAACUGCAAACCUACAGGACAAAGGGGCUACGUUUCACCGUCUUUGCCUCUUUUCAUUCGUCUCCUUCACUCAUUUGUCUUUCUCCCACUACGUUUCAAGGUGGAGAUGGGUGGAGCCAGGCUACAGCCGAUUUGUUUAGCUUUGUUUGCUUGUGAUUUAUUAGACUGGAUUUACUUUUGAAGGAUUUCUCUAGUGUUUCCUGAAAAACCCAAAGCAAACUUCACACUUCCUAUUCAUCCACUCAAACGUCAGUCAGUGACCAAACUUUUCUUCAGGUAAUAAAACUGUAACAGAUAUUUAAUGCAGUUACACAAAGUACCUGACCUAAUCUGUGUUUAUGUAGACUUUAAAACAUGCACUCUAACUGGAGAUACUGCCUAUUAAAAUCAGCAGAAGGCCAGAGAGUUUACAUUUCAGUCCAAUCUCACUGUUAAUGGUUGAACUUUCAUGUUAUGUUGUAGCAAAAUUCAGGUAUAUUUUUACAUCUGUUACUGAAGCCAAAUAUGACAUCUGUUCUGUUCAUAUUUCUAAAGUUGUUUGAUAUUGUUGUGGUUGUUACGUUGUGUCGGCUCUCCUGUUUGACGGCAUCUUGGUCGAGUGAUGAUUUGCAAUGACUUCUUUUUUCACUGUGAAGUACUCAAAGACAGAACCUACCGUGUUUGUCAUUCUAUAACUGCAAUAUAAGGUGUGUAUUUAUUUUAUGACAUAAAAUAAUUGUUGUCAUUUUGACUUUGAUCACACUUCACAACCAUGACACGGCGCCGAUGGUCCUUGUUUGAAUCUCAGUGACGUUCUCCGCUCUUGUUGGCCUACUGCGUAACUGUCAGUAGUGGAAACCAAAUGUGGAUCAGAGCUAAUAUCAAUAACAAUAUCAUCAUAUGAAAAUUAGCAUUACUUCCCUUUACUUUCAACCAAAAAAACAAAAACAGUGUGUAUGUUUCUGUGCGUGUGCACAUGUGGCUGUGUGUAAGAGUGUGUGUAACUGUGUGUAUGUAUAGGAGCAGGAGUUAAAAUAAUGCAAGUACUGUACAUCUACAUGUGUAUUUACUAGUCACUCUGAUGUUGGUGUAAUCUAUCUUGUGAAUACCUGUCUCCUCCCUCCAUGGAUAUGUGUGUGAGUGUGUCGGUGUGUGUGAGUGAGCGCGCACGUGUGCACCUUGGUUACUUUGUCACUGCACAUGUAGAUACUUGUGCAAAAAAGGAUUAGAGGUGUUCAGAACUUGUGCAUGUCAAGAUGUGUGUGUGUGUGUGUGUGUGUGUGUGUAUACUGUACUGAGUGUGUGUGUAAGUGAGAGACGGUGCAUGUGUGUCUGUAAUGUGAACUCCUGUUGUCUUGUAAACAGCCAAAAUAUCUUAUGAAGGAAGUGGACUCUCUCUCUCUUUUACUCUCUCUUUCUCUCUAUCUCUCUCUCUCUCCCUCCCUCCUCAAGCUUAUAUAAGAUCUAUGUAUGUCCAUAAAAGACUAUUGAGAAAUACACCUGUAUAGAAUAAAGAUAUAAAUAUAUGGGAAUUGACAGAAAAUAAAGAUAU